ACGGCCAUGAACGCCAGCGCCUCCCCGCUCAACGAGUCCCAGGUGGUGGCGGCGGCGGCCGAGGGGGCGGCGGCUGCAGCGGCCGGAGCGGCCGGGGCGCGGGACCCCGGGGAAUGGGGACCCCCGGCGGCGGGCGGCGGCGCGGCUAACGCGUCCCUGGAGCUGUCCUCACAGCUGUCGGGCGGCCCGCAGGGGCUGCUGCUGUCGGCCGUGAACCCUUGGGACGUCUUGCUGUGCGUGUCGGGGACGGUGAUCGCAGGCGAAAACGCGCUGGUCGUGGCGCUCAUCGCGUCCACCCCGGCCCUGCGCACGCCCAUGUUCGUGCUGGUGGGCAGCCUGGCCACGGCCGACCUGCUGGCGGGCUGCGGGCUCAUCCUGCACUUCGUGUUCCGGUACGUGGUGCCCUCGGAGACGGUGAGCCUGCUCACCGUGGGCUUCCUCGUGGCCUCCUUCGCCGCCUCGGUCAGCAGCCUGCUGGCCAUCACGGUGGACCGUUACCUGUCCCUCUACAACGCGCUCACCUACUACUCGGGCCGGACCGCGCUGGGCGUGCACCUGCUACUCGCCGCCACCUGGGCCGUGUCCCUCGCCCUGGGGCUGCUGCCCGUGCUGGGCUGGAACUGCCUGGCCGAGCGCGCCUCCUGCAGUGUGGUAGCCCCGCUGACACGCAGCCACGUGGCGCUGCUGUCCGCCACCUUCUUCGCCGUCUUCGGCGUCAUGCUGCACCUGUACGUACGCAUCUGCCAGGUGGUCUGGCGCCACGCUCACCAGAUAGCGCUGCAGCAGCACUGCCUGGCACCGCCCCACCUGGCCGCCACCAGAAAGGGGGUGGGCACGCUGGCCGUGGUGCUGGGCACUUUCGGGGCCAGUUGGCUGCCCUUCGCCAUCUACUGCGUGGUGGGCAGCCGCGAGGACCCGGCCGUCUACACCUAUGCCACCCUGUUACCCGCCACCUACAACUCCAUGAUCAACCCUGUCAUCUAUGCCUUCCGCAACCAGGAGAUCCAGCGGGCCUUGUGGCUUCUCUUCUGUGGCUGUUUUCAGUCCAAAGUGCCCUUCCGCUCUAGGUCCCCAAGUGAGGUCUGAAGGUCCACUCCCCACAACACCCUCUCUCCUCCCCACAAGCUAGCCUUUGAUGAGCUUCUCGGUGCCCCCGCAAGAACUGAGCUCUUCAAUGUGUUUGACUGCGGAAAGGAAAAGGAGAGAGUUCAAUAAUAAGCGCAACAAACUCACCACGAGACGCUUGUUGGCUGUCACAUUUUACAUAUACAGUGUAUACACGUGUACAUAUAUAUACAAAUCUUUGUAUCUUCUGGGAGUGUUCAGGAUCUGGAAGUUCCUGUUCGGUGAGGGGGAGGCGGAGCUAACAGAGAUGUGGUUGUAUAUUCAAAUUGUACAUCACAUUUGUCAAGUGAAGACACCCUGAUAGUGCUUCAUUACAGCACUUUAUUUUUUUACCUGCUGAAUUGCCAAAACAGUGUUGCCAUUUUAAAGGGCCCUGGGGGAGAAAGGGAA